UUAAAAAUCCGAGUGGAGGAGUUUGUGUUAAUUGCGUAUAUUUUCAAAAUAUCAAAUUUAGCUAUUUGUAUUAAGAGAUAUAAUAAAGUGUUAAAAUUAUGCACUAAUAAGUAAGAAAGUCUAAAUGUUACAGCUAAAAGUGAGCAGAAGAAGUAUGAGUUAUCUUGCUUGAUCCCAUAUUCGAUCCGACCUCUUCAUCCACUUUGAAUCCGGGCAAAUAUAUUUUGGGCGAGCUCUACCCAAUAUAUUGGCCCAAUAGGCUGUAUAACAACAUUGAAGACAUUAACUUGUUAUUAUUGAAAGAGACUUUAUAGACUCAAUAGGAGCAGGGCUGGGCUGGGUAGUGGGUACUGAACUACUGAAGCUAACAAUAUAUGAUUAUGGUCUAUGUUAAUCAUUGCUAUUUCACGGUAUCAACGAACAGAGAAUUUCAUUCACAUAUCAUAAUAAUAAUCAUAUAAAAAAAUAUAUAAUAAAGUUUAGACACUGGUAGAUGUAGAUAGCUGAAAAAGGCCAAAAAAACAGAGGUGUGUAGUUGCUCAUCUUGCUGCCUGUUUGUUGCUCCAACUCCAACCGCUCGAAUACUAAGGCCUUGCCUACAGUUUGCCUUUACCAGGACUCCAGAAUGGCAGUAAGAGCAGCAGCGACCUAUUCGAUUGCAUCCCCGUAUGUCAAUCCUAAACCCAACCUUCCUCAUCAGAUAAAACCGGCAACUAUAACUGUAAAUUCCCAAUACCCUCUCAGAGGUUUCAGUGGCCUCAAGGCUGCUGCUGAUGUAACUUGUGAAUCAGAAACUUCUUUCUUAGGAAGGGAAAGUAAUGCAGCUCUAGUACGAACUUUUGCACCAAGAACUCAAAAUUACUGUAAGAAUUACCAACAUCACUUAAACCCUCAAGCAUCGUAUUACAAAGUGGCUAUCCUAGGUGCUGCAGGAGGAAUUGGACAGCCUCUCUCGCUUCUGGUCAAAAUGUCUCCCUUAAUUUCGGACAUAAAUCUUUAUGAUAUAGCCAAUGUAAAAGGAAUUACAGCAGAUCUUGCUCACUGCAACACACCAGCUAAAGUGAUCGGUUUUACUGGGACUUCUGAGCUUGCUGACUCUUUGAAGGGUGUGGAUGUUGUAGUCAUCCCUGCAGGAGUCCCACGGAAACCUGGUAUGACUCGGGAUGACCUCUUCAACACAAAUGCCAGUAUUGUCAAGAGUUUGAUCGAGGCUGUUGCUGAUAACUGCCCUCAAGCAUUCAUCCACAUAAUAACUAACCCAGUGAACUCCAUGGUUCCCAUAGCAGCAGAAGUGCUGAAGCAGAAGGGAGUUUAUGACCCGAAGAAGCUCUUUGGAGUUACCACAUUGGAUGUUGUUAGAGCAAACACAUUUGUUGCUAAAAAGAAAAACUUGAAGCUGAUUGAUGUUGAUGUUCCCGUGGUGGGAGGGCAUGCCGGGAUUACUAUUUUGCCCCUCCUGUCAAAAACAAGGCCAUCAAUGAGUUUCACCGAUGAAGAAGUGCAAGAAUUGACUCAGAGAAUCCAAGAUGCGGGGACAGAAGUGGUGGAGGCGAAGGUUGGAGAAGGUUCUGCUACACUGUCAAUGGCAUAUGCUGCUGCGAGAUUUGUGGAGUCAUCUCUGAGGGCUUUGGAUGGAGAUGCAGAUGUUUAUGAGUGUGCUUACGUAGAGUCAAAUUUGACUGAGCUUCCAUUCUUUGCCUCACGGAUCAAGCUUGGGAGGAAAGGUGUUGAGGCUUUUAUUCCCUCAGAGUUGCAGGGAUUGACUGAGUUUGAAGCCAAGGCGUUGGAGGCUCUGAAGCCUGAACUCAAGGCAAGUAUUGAUAAAGGGGUGGCUUUUGUCCACAAGCAACCUGUAGCUGCAUAAACUUGAGGAAUUAACACGAUAAUUCAUGUGUGUAAUUCUGACUCUUACAAUUGUGUAUGCUUAUCAGUCUGCAGUUCACACAGUCCACCACACUAAUUUUCAAGAGAAGUAAAUAAAACAUGCAGCACUUGGUACUUGUGCAAGGCUAAGAAUGGCAAGAGGCUUCAUUUGGUUAAAAAAUUCUCAUUUUUAAGAAUGAUCUGUUUGAUUUUCAGGUUCUUAUUUUUGAGAAAUAUUUUCCUGUAAAUAUUAGUUGUCCCUGCAAUUAACAGAC